AUGAAAAAUGUUAUUAAUAGUAAUCAAGAUAAAUCCUAUGGACAAUUAAUGAUUAUGAAAAAUUUUCGACCAAGAUCAUUUUCAAUAUGUCCACUUGAUAUUUCAGAUGAUGAUAAAACAAUAACAAAAGAAUUAAUUAUAGCUCGAUUUGGUUUAAAUAGUAAAAUAACAAUUGAUCUUGUUAAUCUUCAUUUACACAAUGAUCGUUCUCAUAAUUCAAAUGAAAAACGUUGUCAAGCUUUAGAAAAUAUUUUUAAAAAAAUGAAAACAAAUAAUUAUAUGCUUAUUGGUGAUUUUAAUUUUGGAGAUUAUGAUUUAAAAGAACAAAAUAUUCUUGCUACAUAUGAAAAUGAAGUACAUGAUUUAUGGAAAGAUAUUUAUCAUCUUGAUCAAAAUCCUGGUUUUACAUUUGAUCCAUCAAAUAAUCUUUGUGCCCGAAUUACAUCUGAUUCACAAAUAAAUCGUCGUUUAGAUCGAUAUUUAAUACAUACAUUAGAUAAUAUAUCUUACUCAAUUGAAUAUCUUUUAAUGAUUGGUAUUGAAACAAUUCCAAUUGAUCCAUUGAAUAUUGAUAAUAACCAACGUAUUAAUCAAUCGGAUCAUUAUGCUUUACAAUUAAUUAUUAAUUUUCGAACAAGAUCAAUAAGUCAUCAUUCAGCACUUGCCAUUUUACCAACAAUAAAUACGUGGCCAUUAAUUAAUUCAUAUCGUGAACAAUAUGAUCCAUCAUUGAAUCGAUGGCCUCCACACAUUAAUUUAUUAUGGCCAUUUUUUGAUUU